AGCAGGAAACCUGUUGUUUGUCAAUCCAGCAAUCCACGAAAAUGCCUUCAUCGUGUUCAUCACGUCGGCCCUGGGCCACAUGCUGCUCACCUGCAUUCUCUGGAGAAUGACUAAGAAACACACAGUAAGUCCCGAGGAGCGCAAGUCGUACAAGUGGAAGCAGCUGCUCUUCUUCUUCACUUUCAUCACGUUCGCAUUCGCUGUGUGUGUUUACUUCCACCACAACUGGUACUGCGGCCCUGGAGUGUACACUGUCUUCGCCUUCCUGGAGUACCUGGUUGUCCUCUCCAACAUGGCCUUCCACAUGACUGCCUUCUGGGACUUCGGCAACAAGGAGCUGGUGGUGAGCUCGCUGCUGGAGGACAAGCACUUCUAGCCAGCCCUGCUGCUGGGGGCUCCUCUCACCCUCCUGCCAGGGCCGGGCUGUUUGCUGUGGAGCUGCUGUGAGGAUCAUCCCAAGAUCCCAGGAGUGUCUGUCCCUAGCUGCACCUGCAGCUCUCAUCCAGGGGAGCUGCAGGCUCUUCCCGGGGACCCCCUGUCCCGGCUCCCUGCCAGCUCCAGGAGGGCAGGACAGAGGAGGAACCUGCUGCCUGUUCCUUUGGAGGAUGCUCCAGGGAGAGCAGGAUGCUGCUCCUGGUGUCAGGGCACGGGGUCCAGCCCUGCCCUGUCCUUUUUGGCCUGGGGGUCUCACGGUUCCUCCUCCAGGGUGGGGGUCUUGGGGCACGUCCUCAGAAAGGGGUUGGUGGCCUUUUGGGCUGGCUUCAGGCACUGGGCUGGGACAGGGUCCGGGCCCACCUGUGCCUGAGUUCCCAGGAGGGGAGCAGGAAGGUGCUGGGCCAUGCAGGGACUGCCCAGAGCAGGGUGGGAGCACAUAGGGCAGAGCAGGUGCUGGGAGCAUCCAUGUCUCACUCCUGCCUUUCCCAGAAGCUCCCCAGCAGCACAGGCUGCCCCAGGGAUGCUGUGCCCAUUCCAACCCAGUUUGAGGUAGAAGGCUGAGUGUGCUCAUGCUGGAGGUCUUUGCCCCAGUGUCCCCACCGAUUCCCCUGGGGCUGGAGCUGGGGAAUGCUGGGGUUCAGCAGUGCUCCCAACAAGCAGCUCUGGCUGCCAGGGCAUGGGGGACAUGGCCAGAUGGCAGCUGGGGGCUGACAGUGUCCCCAAGCUGCUGGAAGGGACAGCUGGAGCUGUCUUGAUUUUGGGGAGGUCUGCACUUGCCAGGGCUCAUCCCACCCCACACCUGGCCAGGAAGGACCAGCGUGGGUCCCUCCCUGCCCUUCACCUGAGCACAGCCACCACCGAGAGUCCCCUGGGAUGUCCCAGUGCUCAUCCCAGGGCUGGGCAGAGCCUUCUCCCAUGGGAGCUGUGGGGCCCUGGCAGAGCUGGGGCUGAGCUGGCUUCCAGCGGGUCCUGCUGCACGUGUCCAUCGUCAGUGUCCCCAUUCAUGGGCUCCAUCCGUGUCCCUGCAUGCGUGUGACGCGCUGCCCCCGCAGCGCCUUGGCUUUGAGGUGGAAAUAAAGCACUAAGUAUUUUUGUGA